AUGACGGACACAACAGAUGAUAUAGCAGAGGAAAUCUCAUUUCAGAGUUUUGAUGAUGAUUGUAAGCUUCUUGGCAAUUUGUUAAACGAUGUUUUGCAGAGAGAAGUUGGUUCUAAAUUCAUGGAGAAGCUUGAACGCAAUCGCAUCCUAGCUCAGAGUGCUUGUAAUAUGAGAUUGGCGGGGAUAGAAGAUACCGCUGAAUUGCUGGAGAAGCAGCUGGCAUUGGAGAUAUCAAGGAUGACAUUAGAGGAAGCAUUGACACUUGCUCGUGCCUUUAGUCAUUACCUUAAUUUGAUGGGCAUUGCUGAGACCCAUCACAGGGUUCGUAAGGCACGGAGUAUGACACAUCUAUCAAAAUCUUGUGAUGACAUAUUUAAUCAGCUGCUGCAGAGUGGCAUAUCUGCAGAGGAGCUUUAUGACACAGUUUGCAAGCAGGAGGUUGAAAUUGUGCUCACUGCACAUCCUACUCAAAUUAAUCGUCGUACCUUGCAAUAUAAGCACAUCAGAAUUGCUCAUCUUUUAGAUUAUAAUGACCGGCCUGAUCUUACUCAUGAAGAUCGAGAAAUGCUGAUUGAAGAUCUGGUGAGAGAAAUUACUUCAAUAUGGCAGACAGAUGAGCUUAGGCGCCACAAGCCUACACCAGUAGAUGAAGCUAGGGCUGGCUUGAACAUUGUGGAGCAGUCCCUGUGGAAAGCUCUUCCCCAUUAUUUACGUCGUGUCAGUACUGCCCUAAAGAAGCAUACAGGAAAGCCACUUCCUUUGACUUGCACGCCAAUAAGGUUUGGGUCUUGGAUGGGGGGUGAUAGAGAUGGUAAUCCGAAUGUAACAGCAAAGGUCACAAGAGAUGUUUCUCUUUUAUCUAGGUGGAUGGCUGUUGACCUUUACAUUCGAGAAGUUGAUAGCCUGAGAUUUGAACUAUCCAUGGUUCAAUGCAGUGAUAGAUUGUUGAAAGUGGCAAAUGACAUUUUAAUAGAAGAAACUUCAUCUGAAGAUCACCAUGAGAGUUGGAAUCAACCUGCAAGCAGAAGUCAAACAAAGUUUCCUAGAAAAUCUCUUCCUACACAACUUCCACCUAGAGCUGAUCUUCCUGCUUGCACUGAAUGUAAUGAUGGUGAAUCUCAGUAUCCCAAACUAGAACUUCCAGGAACUGAUUACAUGCCCUUUAAUCGCCAGGAAGCUCUAGGUUCUUCAUAUUCAGAAUCUUCAUCCCAGGAUAUCAAUCAUGGUUUACCUAAAACAACUGGAAAUGGAAGUGUUGCUAAUUCUAGUGGAUCUCCGCGGGCAUCUUUCAGCUCUGCUCAACUGGUUGCACAGAGGAAACUAUUUGCAGAAUCCAAGAUAGGAAGAUCUAGCUUCCAGAAGCUUCUAGAACCAAGUCUGCCUCAACGUCCUGGAAUUGCUCCUUAUAGAAUUGUUCUUGGAAAUGUAAAAGAUAAGCUUAUGAGGACAAGAAGACGUCUGGAACUUCUUCUAGAGGAUCUUCCUUGUGAAUAUGAUCAAUGGGAUUACUAUGAGACAACAGAUCAAUUAUUGGAUCCACUGCUUCUGUGCUACGAGUCUCUUCAAUCAUGUGGAGCUGGGGUUCUAGCUGAUGGUCGGCUAGCUGACCUGAUAAGAAGAGUUGCUACAUUUGGGAUGGUGUUAAUGAAGCUAGACUUGCGCCAGGAAUCUGGUAGACAUGCUGAUACUCUUGAUGCAAUCACCAAAUAUUUGGAAAUGGGCACGUAUAGUGAGUGGGAUGAAGAAAAGAAGCUGGAAUUUCUGACAAGAGAACUGAAAGGAAAACGGCCACUGGUUCCUCCUACUAUUGAGGUUGCUCCUGAUGUUAAAGAAGUCUUGGAUGCUUUCCGUGUUGCUGCUGAGCUGGGGAGUGAUUCACUUGGAGCUUAUGUGAUUUCUAUGGCAUCCAAUGCAAGUGAUGUCCUUGCUGUGGAGCUUCUGCAGAAGGAUGCCCGGCUUGCUGUUAGUGGGGAGCUAGGAAGACCAUGCCCUGGUGGAACGUUGCGAGUAGUUCCGUUGUUUGAAACUGUGAAAGACCUGAGAGGUGCUGGUUCGGUGAUCAGAAAACUGUUAUCAAUUGACUGGUAUAGAGAACACAUAAUUAAGAACCAUAACGGGCAUCAGGAGGUGAUGGUUGGCUAUUCUGAUUCUGGUAAAGAUGCUGGACGCUUUACUGCUGCAUGGGAACUUUACAAAGCCCAAGAGGAUGUUGUGGCAGCCUGUAAUGAUUUUGGUAUCAAAGUAACACUAUUCCAUGGGCGUGGAGGGAGUAUUGGUCGUGGUGGUGGCCCCACAUAUCUUGCCAUUCAAUCCCAACCACCUGGUUCAGUUAUGGGUACUCUUCGGUCAACUGAGCAAGGAGAAAUGGUGCAGGCCAAGUUUGGGCUGCCACAUACUGCCAUCAGACAACUAGAGAUAUACACAACUGCUGUGCUGCUUGCAACCCUUCGUCCUCCACAUCCACCUCGAGAAGAAAAAUGGCGCAAUGUCAUGGAGGAGAUUUCAAAAAUCAGUUGCCAGAAUUACCGGAGCACAGUCUAUGAAAACCCAGAAUUCCUCGCCUACUUCCAUGAGGCUACUCCCCAGGCUGAGCUUGGCUUUCUUAACAUAGGAAGCCGCCCCACAAGAAGAAAGAGCUCAACUGGUAUUGGACAUCUUCGUGCCAUUCCAUGGGUAUUCGCAUGGACCCAGACCAGAUUUGUUCUUCCUGCUUGGCUUGGAGUUGGAGCAGGUUUAAAGGGUGCUUGUGAGAAGGGAUUUACUGAAGACUUGAAAGCAAUGUACAAAGAAUGGCCUUUCUUCCAAUCUACUAUUGAUCUUAUAGAGAUGGUACUAGGGAAGGCAGACAUUCCUAUAGCCAAGCACUAUGAUGAAGUUCUUGUAUCUGAGAGCAGGCGAGAGCUUGGAGCUGAGCUUAGGAGUGAGCUCUUAACAACAGAAAAGUAUGUGUUGGUGGUUAGUGGGCAUGAGAAACUAUCUCAGAACAACCGCAGCCUGCGGAGGCUAAUAGAGAGCAGGCUGCCUUAUCUCAAUCCUAUGAAUAUGUUGCAGGUGGAGGUUCUAAAGAGGUUGAGGCGGGACGACGACAACAAUAAGCUCAGAGAUGCCCUGCUUAUUACCAUAAAUGGGAUUGCUGCUGGAAUGAGGAACACAGGCUGA